AUGAGGACAUUGAGUGAGAUAGGUAAAAAUUAUUUUUGUGUCAUACUUCAGCAAAAAUUUAGUGACCUUCAGUUCUGUUGUGUUGCAGUCUUUUUGUUACUAAUAUCGCUUAACUCAAUAUCAACGGAAAAAAUGGAUGAGAAAGCUCUGACUUCAUCAAUCGCUCAGUUUUCAGCAAGGUUUUGUAAUGAAUUAGAUAAAAGCAAAAGUGUUGUGUCAUCACCAUUAUCCGCUGAAUUUGUGCUAGCACUUUUAACUUUGGGUACGACUGAUCCUGCACAUGGAGAGUUAUUGACAAGCCUUGGAAUUCCUGAUGAUGAAUCUAUUCGCUCAUCAUUUUCUGUAAUGUCGGGUAAAUUGAAAUCUAUUAAAGGUGUGACAUUAAACGUAGCAAACAAGGUGUAUAUAAAGGAAGGAGGCUAUGAUCUGGAAUCUAAACUAAAAGAGGAUGCUGUAAAGAUUUUUGAUGCUGCUUUUGAAAAGAUAAAUUUUGAUGAUGGUGCUGCUGCUGCCAACAUUAUCAAUAAAUGGGUUGAAAGCAAAACCAACGAAAAGAUUAAAGACCUCCUUUCAGGUGACAGCCUUAACAGCGAUAGUAGAUUGGUUUUAGUAAAUGCUCUCUAUUUUAAGGGAACAUGGAAGAAACAAUUUGACAUAGCCAAUACUAUGGAUCAACCCUUCCAUGUUGAUGAAGAAAAAACGAUAAUGGUGCCAAUGAUGUACAAGGAAGAUGACUACACAUACGGAGAGAGUCAAGAACUUGGGGCUCAGUUAUUAAAAAUGCAUUACGUGGGAGAGCAAGCUAGCAUGCUGAUUGUUCUCCCAAAUGAAAUUAACGGGCUGAAUAGCGUGUUAAAAAAACUAGCCGAUGGUUAUGAUCUGUUAGGCGAAGUGGACAAAAUGUUCAACACUAAAGUGCAGGUUACCAUUCCCAAGUUCAAGAUUGAGACUGAGAUCGAUUUAGCCGAUUUGCUUCCAAAGCUUGGCAUAAAGGCAAUCUUCGAUCGCAAUAAUUCAGGGCUCACGAAGAUCAUGAACAGCAAAGAAAAUUUGUAUGUAUCUAAAGCUGUACAGAAAGCAUUUAUCGAGGUCAACGAAGAGGGCGCAGAAGCUGCCGCGGCCACAGGCAUGGUGAUGAUGCUACGUUGCGCGCGCCCGCCAUCGCCGCAGUUCCGCGCGGACCACCCCUUCCUCUACAUGCUCGUCGACUCACAGAAUAACACACUCUUCGAAGAAUUAUCUGAUGUGUAUGUUUACAUUACAGCAAUGGGCAUCAUGUUCUGUUCAGCUAUCAUCAACGCACCCCCGGUGCCUCGCUUCGUAGCGGACAGGCCUUUUCUAUCUAUAAUACUUGCCAACGGCACCCCGCAUUUCAUGGCCGUACAUCGCGGCGAUUGUUGA